CUUCAGACAUUAUUUAACCUUUCCUCAAAGCCACCAAAAUCGACUUCCUCCUUCCCCUAUUCAGCAAAAGCUCACUUCAAUGGCUAUCUUAUCAAAAUCACUUGAACUCAUGACCAAGACACUGCUGAUCAUCAUGGGCAUGCUGUUGGCUGUUCAUGCUACCAACUUCUUCAAUGAGUUCGACAUCACAUGGGGAGGCAAUAGAGCGAAGAUUCUCAACUCUGGAGAGGUCUUGACUCUGUCUCUCGAUAGUUCCUCCGGGUCGGGGUUCCAGUCAAAGAAUAUGUACAUGUUCGGGAGGAUCGGCAUGCAGCUCAAGCUCGUGCCUGGAAACUCUGCCGGCACAGUCACCUCUUACUACCUGAAGUCGGAUGGAUCUACGUGGGACGAGAUAGACUUCGAGUUCCUAGGGAAUGUGACGGGAGAGCCGUACGUGGUCCACACGAACGUGUACACUCAAGGCAAAGGUGACAGAGAGCAGCAAUUCUAUCUGUGGUUCGACCCCACCAAGGACUUCCACACCUAUUCGGUCCUCUGGAAUCCGCAAACCGUCAUAUUUUACGUGGAUGAUGUCCCCAUAAGGGAAUUCAAGAACAUGAAGCCAAAGGGGGUGGCCUUCCCCAUGGACCAGCCGAUGCGGCUUUUUUCAUCCAUCUACAAUGCCGACCAAUGGGCCACGCGAGGCGGCCUCAUCAAGACCGACUGGUCCUUUUCUCCAUUCACGGCCUCUUACCGGAACUUCAACGCCGGCAGCGCCUGUGUUUUGUCCCCGAACAGGAGGUCUUCGUCUUGCUCGUCCUCUACUGCGUGGCUGAGGGAUGGUUUACACCCUAAGGAGGUGAAGAAGAUGAAAGGGGUGCAGAAGAGAUUUAGGAUAUAUGACUACUGUGUGGAUGGCAAGAGGUUCCCCAGUGGGCUGCCUCCCGAGUGUGGGGCCCUCUAAUGGAACAUAUAUACACGUGUGAAAUUACCAUAUCUGAUCAGAGAUCUCGUAUGUAGUUCAUAUAUAUAAGCAAUAAAUAUAAGUAUAUAUUAUAAUAGA